UACUAUUAAAUUUACUCCUCAUCAUUAUUAUAAUGAACCAUUAUUAAAACUUCUUAAAAAUCUGAAUUUAAGACAAAUUUGGACUUCUACAAAUAAUAAUAAUAGUACUUUUACUGAACUUGUAGCUUUAAUGGUACAAAUUAAAGAAAAAAGGUUUCAGGAUAAAAGUUUAAAAGGGCUUCGAUAUUCUGAACAUCCAAUUCAUUUUUUUAGUUUGUUAUUUGAAAGUAGCCGUGAAUAUGAAAUUUUUAGAAAAGCUUUUGCUGGACUUUCAAUUCAGAGAAUUUG